AUGAAAUGGAGAGACUCCGAUCCCCCGGCCGCUGAUAUCAACGCGGCAGGAAUGCGGGCUGAGUACUACAGGGCCCAGUACAUCAUCCACCGGCCUAUACUGUACCAUGCUCUCCACUAUGGCCAAACAGGCGCACGGGUUGGUCCGGCCGGCCAGGCCUACGUCGACGUACUUCUGGUGAAGGACUUUGACCUUACCAGCACAUUUAUACCUGUUAUGGAAGUCAGACUCUCGGAAGAGUUAUUGGCAGGACUCAGUGGAUUUGCGUUGCGAGCCGUGUCUUUCGCCCGCCGAAUCGAGAGCCUGGAGAAACAUUUCGAUAUCUCAAUAUUUUCUUCAGCAUCCAGCUGGGCAUCGCGAUCGCCAAGCAUCCGCUUCGUGACGGAGUAUUUCCCUCUCUUUUCACCCUUCCGUCGAGCGGAGGACUUCCAAUCGUUUGAAAAGUGGGCCACCACACCCCAAUUCAAGACGGUUGUGGAAACCUGGGACAAAGAAGCAUGUAAAUACACGAUCACCGAACCGGUGGAAACCAGCGGUGGUGUUGACGACUAUGCUGAAUAUGCAUUCGUUGUCCGUGAACGUGUUGACCGGAAUUCCGAGGAGGUGAUGCCGUACAUAGACAUCAAAUCGGAAGGCCUGCGUGGCAUUCUGCGUGUGGUGCUGCACGAUGUCAAAGUCAUUAGUCUGAUGGAGGACAAGCCGUCAGUAAUUGAGACAGAGUCUUAUUUCCAACGACAACGCUAA